ACAGUUGUUACGUUACAGUCUGUUACAGUCAGUCCAAGUCAGUCUAUCCUGGUCUGUUCAUGGCUGUCUGUCAAAUUAAUACAACACUCAUUCACCAUAAUAAUUAUAUUAUUUAAUAUUAUUUACCUUAAUUUUUAAUUAAUUAAUAUCGAAAAAUUAAAAAAAUAGGAAAAUUUUUUUUUUAAUUUUUUAAAAAUUUUUUACACUUUUUAAAAAUAUUUUCAUUUAACAAUAAUUAAUUUCAAUGAUGUUUAUUUAUUUUAUAUUUAAUAAAUUUAUCGUUUGACAGUUAAAUAAAUAGUGCUUAUCAAGUGUUAUCAGUGAAAUAAAAAAAAGAAAUUAUUUUUAAAAUGCGAAAUAAAAUGUGCAGGGUGAUAAUGUUUAACUUGAUUUUUAUUGGAUUAAGUUUGACAUUGUGUCAUGUUGAUGGAUUUAAUAUUGAAUCAAAACAUUAUACUAGUUAUAAAAAAGAAUCUAGUUCAAUGUUUGGAUUUUCAGUUGCUCAAUAUCGGGAUAUAAACAAACGUGGAUGGGUUAUUGUUGGAGCACCAGAAGCACAAACAUCACAGCCAAAUGUUUACAGAGGUGGUGGUGUAUUUCGAUGUGAUAUUGCUGUUGAUGACAGUUGUGUUCCUGUUGAAUUUGAUAGACAAGAACAUAAUUACGUAAAAAAUACAAAUCCACCAUACAAUUUGGUACAAAUUGACAACAAAACUUUGCAAUGGUUUGGUGCAACAGUCUCGACAUCUCAGCAAGAUGGAGGACCAAUUUUGGCUUGUGCACCGAGAUAUGUAUUUUUCACAGUACAACAAGCAAAAGAUUCUGAUAAUUAUCCAAAUCGUGGUAAAAAUAAAAUUGGUAAUUUACGUGAUCCUGUUGGAACUUGUUGGGUUACAAAUUUUACAUCAUCAAUUGAAUAUUCACCAUGUCGUACUUAUAAUUCGGGUUAUCAUAGGCAAGGUUCAUGUCAAGCAGGUUUUGGUGCAGCAAUUUCAAAGACUGGAGAGAGAAUUUUCAUUGGUGCACCUGGUAGCUGGUACUGGCAAGGUCAGCUCUACUCGGUCAUGAGAAGAAUGGAUAAUUUUCCCUUUAUGCCGCCCGGCAAUGCGUCCUUCGGUGUCUUUAAAGGUCAAACAUAUACACAAAAAUUAAAUGAUCGUGGUAAAGUUAUGUUUACAAAAGAGGGUCCAAAAGAGGAGGAUGACAGUUAUCUUGGAUAUUCAGUAACAAGUGGUGAUUUUGUUGGUAAUGGUGAUAUUGGAACAGCAGUUGGUAUGCCACGUAGUUAUGGACUAAAUGGAAAGGUUGUAUUGUUAACUUCAACAAUGAAAAAUCCUCAAAAUAUAACUGGUGAACAAAUGGGAAGUUAUUUUGGUUAUUCAUUAACAACUGGUGAUAUUGAUGGUGAUGGUAUUGAUGAUUUAAUUGUUGGUGCACCAAUGUAUACAAUACCAGAUAAUCCAGAAAUGAAUAUUGAAACUGGUCGUGUUUAUGUUUUUUAUGGAAAAGGACCAGAUAAAUUUCAUGAUUAUGCCAUUAGAGAUGGUGAAAGUAACAGAGGACGUUUUGGUUUAUCUGUUGGAUCUCUUGGUGACUUGGAUCGUGAUGGAUAUGGUGAUUUUGCUGUUGGUGCACCUUAUGCUGGAUCAGAAGGUCGUGGAGCUGUUUACAUUUAUCAUGGUUCACGUGAAGGUGUAUCUGAAAAAUAUUCACAAGUUAUAUAUGCUGAAGAACUUGGUAAUAAUUAUGUCAGAACUUUUGGCUUUUCUGUAAAUGGUGGUCUUGAUCUUGAUGGUAAUCUUUAUCCUGAUAUGGUUGUUGGUUCAUAUGAAUCAGAUACAGCAAUGUUUUUCCGUUCACGUCCAGUUAUUAAGAUGAUUAAAAAAGACACAUUUGUUGAAUUUAAUUCAACAACAAAACUCAUAUCAUUGGAUGAUAAAAAUUGUAUAUUAUCAGAUAAAACACAAGUAACAUGUUUAGAAUUAAAAGCAUGUUUAAAAUAUAAUGGUGAUGGUGUAUUAUCAAGUUAUAAUGUCAAUGUACAAUAUGUAUUAGAUGUUAAAAAAUCUAAAAAUUCAAGAAUGUUUUUUAUUGAACAUGAAGGAAGAAAUACAUUAAAUCAAACAAUUCGUAUUGAUCGUAAUCAACAAUUUUGUCGUACUGUACGUGUUUAUAUAACACCAAGUAUACGUGAUAAAUUAACAUCAUUAGAUGCUGAAAUGCGUAUGAGUCUUGUUGAUGAUCAUUUGAUAUAUGAUAGACAACGUGAUCCACGUUUAACAUUAAGACCAGUACUUGCAACAAAAUCAUCACGUAAAGAUACAUUAUCAAUACGUAAAAAUUGUGGUACAGAUAAUAUAUGUACACCUGAUUUACAACUUAAAGUUGAACCAAAUGUAAAUCGUUAUCUUCUUGGUUCUGGUAAUCGUCUUGUACUUGAUAUUUUAGUACAAAAUCAAAAUGAAGAUGCCUUUGAGGCAACAUAUAAUCUUGUAUUACCAGCUGGUGUAGAUUAUAUUAAGAUUGAAAGAAUUGAUAAAACUGAAAUUCCCGUACAAUGUUCAGCACCAAAACAAAGUAAUAAUAAUACUUUAAGAUGUGAUAUUGGUAAUCCUUUACCAAAAGAUAAUCUUGUACGUUUUAAUGUAUUAUUACAACCAAUAAAUGUACAUGAAGAAUCAUCAUAUGAAUUUGAUAUGUUUGUUAAUUCAACAAAUCCUGAACCAAUUAAAACAAUAUCAGAUAAUUUUCAUCAUUUAUCUGUUGAAAUAUGGGUUGAUACUGAGCUUGUUAUUGAAGGUGAAAGUAAACCAAAAGAUUUGUAUUAUAAUCCAGAUAAUUAUACAACUAUUAAUAUUACAACAGACACUGAAUAUGGACCAGUAUUUAUACAUAAUUAUACUAUUAGAAAUAAUGGACCAUCAAGAAUUGAAGAAGCUGAAAUAUUUCUCAUUUGGCCAGCAGCAACAUUGGCUGGUGAUGAUUUUGUUUAUUUAUUAGAACAACCAGAAACAACUGGACCACUUAUUUGUGCAACAGCUAAUGCUAAUCCAUUGAGUUUAAAGCUUGAACAAAGAAAAAAAUAUUAUCAAACAUAUCCAACAACAGGAAUUGUUAAUCAAAAAUGGACUGGACAACAAAAUACAUUUAAUGUUGAUACUGGUUUUGAGGUAGAAAAAAAAAUAAAUGGAUUUAAUGGAAAAGAAAAAAUUCAUUAUGAAAAUCGUUAUAAUGGUGGUGGUGGUAAUGCUGAUGUUAAUCAAUUAUCAUCUGCAUCACAGAGAGUAUCAUCUGGUGGUGUAUCAAGUGGACAAGCUGGUAGACAGUCUGAAGAAUCUAGUCAAACAAGACAAGCUGGAGAAUUUAGUAAAACAUUUGUUUCAAAUGAAAAAUCAACUGGUGAUCAAUUGAAUCAGUCUAGAUAUUCUGGAACAUUUGGUAAAUCAUCAUCAUCUGUGAAUAAAAAUAAUGGACAAAUUGCAAUUCAUACAGAAACUGGAGGAAGUCUUGGUGUUGAUGAUGCAUCACUUGGAGUUGUAACUUCUGAUCGUGAUAGAAUACUUUUACCUACAACUAAUACAAAUAGAAAUUUUGAAUUAUCACAAAAUGGAAAUACAGAUAAUAGAAAUAGAUUUUUACAAGGUGAAAAUACAUUUAUUGAAUCAAAUGAAAGUCGUAUUAUUCAACAAGGUUUAAAUGGUAAUAUUGAUACUGUUAUUGAUGAUAAAUUUGUACAUCGUGGUGGUGUAAGUACAUCAUUGAAUAUAAAUAAAACUGAAAGUGAUAGACGUUAUCUUGAGCUGAGAAAAGAACAACGACGUAAAGAAGAUGAACAAAGAUUUUUAUUGGAAAAAAGAAGGAGAGAAGAAGAAGAAAAAAAUCUUGCUAGAUUGAGAGAAGAACAAUUUUUAAAAAGAAAACAUGAACAAGAAGAAGAAAUAAGAAAAAAACAUAUGCAACAAGAAGAUGAAAUACGAAGAAAAAAAGCAGAAGAAGAAGAAAUACGUAGAAGACAUGAAAUUGAAGAUGAAGAAGAAGAAGAACAAAUAAGAUAUGAAGAAGAUGGUGAUGAUUAUGAUACAUAUAAAAAUGAAAAAACAUAUGAACAAGAUAAUCAUACAAAAGAUGGUAUUAUUGGUAAUCGUGAAGAAUCAAUAAAACCAAUUGAUUUUGGUAUUAAGCUUCGUAACAUAACAACAAAAGAAGAUUUACAAAAAUUUUUAUCAAAAUUAAAAGAAACAAUUGGUUAUGAUGUUUACUAUGAUCAGGGAGCUCAGUAUCUUCAAUUUUUAGGUAGAUACAGAGUUUCAACAGAUAAAAAAGAAUAUAUAGAAUUUAAAGAUGGUUCAAUGUUUCCAAUUCAAAAUUCAUAUGGUAAACAGAGUUAUUCAUUGGAUAAUGAAGCACAAGAUCAAAGAUAUUUAAGAAUUGAUGGACAAAUAAUAACUGGUGAAGAUGGAAAAGUAUAUUGUCAAUUGACUGACAAUAAAAGAUUUCCUUUACAAAAUUCUUGGUCUUAUUCUGAAGAGCGAACAUACACAACAAAUGGAGGAGGAGGAAGUCAAGAUAAUGGUCAAACAUCAUACGGUAAAACAUGGAAAUCAGAGUAUGAAAAUCGUGACAAUAAAGAUGGUAGAUCAAUUGAAACUUAUCAGAGUCAAAGCCAUGAAGAAAAACAUACAUCAACAAGACAACAUAGUGUUGUUAAUAAAUCCUCAAGACAAAAUCAAAAUUAUCAAGACAGAAGAAUAAGAGAUAAACGUUUUAAUAAUAAACAUACUGAUGAUUUAAAUAUAUAUGAACAAUUUGCUAGAUUAAAAAGAGAUGCUGAUUAUAAUGAUGAACAAUAUUCACAAGAUGAACAAUAUUCACAAGAUGAAUCAGCAUAUUUACAAAAUCAAGAAACAGAAACAAAUAAUGAUGAUAUAUCAAAAUUUUGUACAAGUAAUAAAUGUGUUGAUUUACGUUGUACAUUAGGAAGAUUAGAAAAAGAUCAAGAAGUAUCAAUAAGUGCAAGAUUUAGAAUAAAAGGAAUGACACUUAAAAAAAUAGCACUAGAUACAUCAAUAAAAACAUCAACACAAAUUAUUUCACGUGUUACAAAAUUACCAUUUAUUGGUAAACCAGCACAAGAAAUAAUUAAAAAUCAAGAAGUUAGUAUUAAUGUAACACCAACAGCACCAGCACCUGGUCCUGAUCCAGUACCACUUUGGGUUGUUGUAUUAUCUGCUUGUGCUGGAACAAUUAUUUUACUUUUAUUAAUUUAUCUUUUACACAAGUGUGGAUUCUUCAAAAGAAAUAGACCAACAGAUGCACCGGAGAGACAACCACUCAAUAGAAAUUGUCAAUUUAAUGGUGAUGAUCAUUAAAUAGAAAAAUUAAUUCUUCUUCAAUUGAAUUGAAGAAAAUAUAAGAAAAAAAAAUUUAGACCAGUGUGCCUUGUCUUUUAAUCAUUCAACAUGAUUACAAGUCAUCAAUAUAAAAAUUUAUCAUCAAAUCGUUGCAACAAUACGAUUGAUCAUUUAUUUUUUCAUAUAAAAAAAAAAUGUGAUUUAACAAAUCACGUAAUUAGAAAAUUAAUUAUUUCAAAAUAAUCGUUCCAAAAAACAAAUAAGAAAAAUUCUUUUUUUAUAUAUAUUAUUAUUAUUUUUCUUUUUUAUAUUGAAGAAAUGAAUUUAAUUGCCAUAAAUACUCAUUUUGGCUCCUGCAGCUUGAUUUUACAAGUUUCUAGUCAGAAACUAUUUAACUGUGUAACAUAAAUACUUAAGCACGUGCAAAUAUUAUUAUUUUUUUUAAUUUCUUUUAAAUCUUGUACGUGCCAUAAUAAAUAAUUGUAAUUUUUGUUUUUUUUUUUUUUGUACUUGUCAGCUGCUGGAGCUCCUUGAAACAUCACGAUACUGGAUAGAUUUUAAAUAGUUGUUUUUUUAUUUUCUAUUUUGUUUUUUUUUUUUUAAAUAAUUUUUAUAUAUAAAUGUGAAGAUAUUAUGCGCGCGACUAAUCAAUGCACCUGUUUCAUCCAGACUAAUCGAACUAAGUUGUUUUUUUUUUUAUUAAAUAUAUAUCCAAAAAAUAAAUCAAAAAAGCUCAUGAGGAUUGAGCUUGCAUUUUAUUGUCAAUGGUUUUUAAUCUAACAAAUUUGUGUUGAUAUUUAUAUGAUAUUAAUUGUAGAUAGUAUGAAUGAAACAUAUGCAUUUCGAAACAAUAAUUAUAUAUAUAAAUUAAUAGACAAAGUGGUGCAAAAUAAACAGCUUCUAUUUUAGGGACUUUGUUCAUUUUUGAACCACUAUUUAUUUAAUUGGUCUAGUGUCGUGAGCAACGAACGUCCGGACGUCGUAACGAGAAUUUAAAGUCAUAGAAAAACGACUUACAGUAUGAGUGUAAAAUUUGUAAAUUAUUAAUUUCUUACUAAAAAAAAAAUACAAUGAAUAAAUUAAUUAAUUGAGUCGGUAUUUGAGUAUGGAUAUUUUAUAUUUUUAUAAAAAACAAAAAUAUGAAUUUGUCUUGAUUUUAAGACACAUUCAUUCACAACAAUAAAAUUAAAAAAUUUAUAUUUGAAUAUUUUUUAUUUAUUAUUAAAUUAUUUAACUAAAAAAAAAUAAUUUUAUUAUUUUUAAAUUUUUUUAAAGUAUUUAUACAACGCUUUUAAUAAUUUUUUUUUUUGAAAAUAAAAAUAAUAGCUGUCAUGUUUUGAAUACCGACUCAAAGAAAAAUGAAUUUAAAAAAAAACAGAAAAAAAAGAUCUAUUAAAUAGAUUAAAUAUAUUGUAAGAAGAUUAUCUUACUAUCAGUGUAACAAUUUUUCAGUUUGUUUCCAUGAAAUAUAAAAA